AUGGACGAUAAUAUCCACGCUCCAACUGUGGCCUCUGGACCAACGUCCGGGGGUGCUCCCCGUGACUGGUCCAAGCUGUCGAUGGCCGAUCUUAUGCAGGAGAAGGACCGCAUCGAGGCGGAACUGUCAGCCUUGAGCAGUGUUCUCAGCUCGCACGGUGUGAAUAUGAACUCUUCUCUGACUACAUUUGAUGGCUUCCCGCGCGACGAUAUCGAUAUUGCUCAAGUACGAACUACACGAGUCCGCAUCAUCCACCUACGAAAUGACCACAAAGGGGUAAUGAAAUAUCUCGAGGAGGGAUUGCACGCCCACUUUGCCCAGCUUCAGAAAGCUUCGGGCGCUGGCCCGACCACAAACGGCACCAGUGUGCCUUCGGCAACACCAGCCUUGGUCACCGGCGACAGCAUUUCGGAUGCAGGAAUGUUCGGAACAGCUUUUGCAAAGGUGAACAGCGUCGAGCCAAGCAGCCCAGCCGCUCAGGCAGGCCUCAAGGCUGGGGAUACGGUUCGAGGCUUUGGACGUGUGCAUUGGUUGAAUCAUGAACGUCUGUCGAAGGUUGCGGAGAUAGUACAGCAGAAUGAAGGGCGCCCACUCUCGGUCAAAGUGACACGCGAAGAGGAUGGUGGAUCGGGCACGACCGAAUUGGAUCUACAAUUGACUCCACGACGCAACUGGGGCGGCCGAGGACUCCUGGGAUGUCAUCUUGUUCCGUUGUAG